CGACUACCUCCCCUCUUCGCUCUACCUCCCCCUAGCGCUAACCCUCACGUUCCUCAUCCUCGUCUACCUCUACUCUCGGGGACCCAGCAACACCCGUUUGAGGGAUAUGCACGGUCGUACAGUCUUAAUAACCGGUGGACUCACACCCCUAGGUCUGACGAUCCUCGAUUCCCUAGCAGCGCAAGGCGCCCACCUGAUCCUGCUCGAGCCUACCCUCAGCUCCAGCGCACAGCUACUCAUCCCAGUCCUGCAAGAAGCACACAAGAACCGGGAGAUCCAUGUUGCGGAAUGCGACCUCUCUAGCGGGGGGAGUGUGAGGGAGUUUGUGGCUAGGUUUGGGAGGACGCUGACACUGGGCGAGGAGGGGAGGGUGGAUGCACUGGUGCUUGUGCGGGGGUAUGGAUGGGCGAGUGCUCUUUCGAAAGGAGGGGGCAAACCGGAGGGAGCGUGCCGCGAGGAACUGGGCCAGUUCCACCUUUCGACGUUGUUGUUGCCUAUGCUCUUGCGCGCUCAGGGCAGGGAUAUAAGGAUCGUCAACGUCGUGAACCCUUUCUAUGCUGCGGCUUUCCCUGGGUUUCCGGGGGUGCUGUUUCCUCCGAGUGGGGAGGGUGAGGGAAAGGGGAAGGCGAGAGAAGGGAAGGGGAAAGGGGAGGACAGGAAGAUAUCAUCCUUUCAGAAAGAAGGCAUCCGCAGUCUACGCAGUAUCAUAUGGAGCGUACACCUCCAGCGGGUACUGGACGCGCUCGUCCCUCAACCUACGGAGGCGUCUCCCAGUGAGGAGGAGAAGACCUCUGAGGGUACUGAUGGAGAGACGCCGUUGUUGGGGAAGGGGAGCAGGAGGAGGAGUAAUAUCCUCUCUGUUGCUGUAUGCCCCGGGUUUAGCAGGACAGAUAUCGCUGCUCCAUACCUGGGUGCCUUGGGUCCUGGUACAACUUUCCUCGGUCAGCUGAGGUACAUCCUACUGUGGCCAAUGAUGUUCUUCUUGCUCAAACCUCCGAGCGCGGCGGCUGAAAGCGUCCUCUACGCACUAUACGCACCGGCAUCACACUCCUUCCUUCCUCCCGCAAGCUCGACCACAUCCUCUUCACCCCCAUCAACAGGCACCUCCAACUCCCCAUCCCAACCUGUACCUGCACCCGUGCAACGCGUACAAGGAGGAGCGCUGUAUAGGGAAUGCAGGGUCGUCCUCCCCCCUCAAGACGUCCGUGACUGGGGCGGGGAAGCAGUAGGCAGAGGGGUGUGGGAGAUGCUUGAGCGGGGCUUGAAGAGUCUGGAACAGGAGCAGGAGAUGGAGAAAAAGAGCGGGAAAGGGCUAGAGACGGUGCGCGAGGAACCUGAGCCUGAGCCGGAAAAGAGCUCAUGAUCGUUCCCCGUUAUCCUGCUGAGGAUGAUCCCUCAACCAUCUACGCGUCACGCUCUCCAUCGGACAGGCCGUGCUCUCCCUCUCCCUUUCCUUCCCCCCUCCCCCCCUGACGGAAUCGACCUCCAAUGCCCCGUCGUACAUCUUCCCGCAGCAGUCGUAGAGGCGGAACAUGUGGGCAGCACAGCGCUCUGGAGUGUAGGUAUGUUUCUGCAUGCAGGAUUGGAGAGCGCAGGCUGGGUGUUACGAGGGUUAGUGCUUGGAGGUGGAAGGGAAGGAGG